GGAAUGCUGCUUUUGUGUUUGCUAAAGUGUUUGAGUAUUACUUAAAAUGAACGAUCUACUUAUAAAUUAUAUACAUUAUAAACAACUAAUUGUAGUCUCAAAAUGUUAAGUUAUGAAGUUAAGUUUUUGACAAAUGAGGACACGGUGUAUGUGAAAAACGGCGACUUUAAAAGCAAUAAGUACGAGUCCAAGAGAAGAAGCGAUGAAAGUGUAUACGAUGCCAGCAAAAGGAGUUAUUGCGAACGCCGUGGUGGCAGUACCAUAUCUAGAACUCGGGCGCUACGACAACUGGAAACGAAACUGCGGGACAAAAAUAUCAUUGCUUGUAAAUGGUCCAGUGAGAAUUUCGUGACGCUGGUAUUCUCCUCUGGUGUCAUAGCCUAUGUCACAGUGAAAGCUCCAAGUCUGGAUGUCACCCAGGUUGUGUUUGACAAGUUCUGUGUAGGGAAAUUAGUAGGUCACGCCAUGACUGCAGUUUGCAUUAGUAAGUCUGCAAUAUUAUUUAUAGCUGCAGAAAGAACAGCUACCUUGAUAACUUUUGGAAAAAUUCUAGACAGCAAUAAACCAUACUUACUCUCAGAGAGGGAACCGAGCAUUCAGGUUGUGGAGCUAGGAGGAAGCGCUCGGCGGGUUGAGAGACAUGUGUCUUCGUACGAACAUGGUAAUAUUGUUAAUGUGCUUGUCUGGGGCUCCACUACCUCCGAGCCAGCACCCUGGAGCCCUAUUAUAGAAGACCACGCCAACCUGCAUUUAUAUCAAAUAACUGGACAGCAGUUCACAUUAAUCGCCUACCACCAGCUUGAGAACGAGAUUUUGUCAGCGGAGCUCUCACAGAAGUAUGAGAAUGUUGUUCAUAUUGUUGAACAGAUUGCGUGCCAUAAGAACGGUGUGACUCUAACCUGGUACCGCUACGAGUUGCCGCACGGCAGUCGGUCUAUCAAACUCAGUACUGUACCCGAGAGUGUUACUCGCGUGUCGCUACUGACGCCAGUGCGGGCGGUCCAGCGCUCGCCCUGCGACGCGAAACUACUGGCGGCGUGUAUAGACGGCUGUAUACACGUCGUUGACCAUUCGGUUGGAGUUAUUCACACUACGAGGGCUGGAUUUAUAGCUACAGACGUGCGGUGGGCGGGGGACGUGAUAGUAGCGACGGAGGAAGCGGGACGACUGCAGUGUUUCGAUAGAGCGCUGUCUCCCUUGCACCAACACACCAAGUUCCUCGAUCUCACUUCCUAUCUGCGUGACUCCCGUCGUGUUCAGAUUCUGGCGACACACAGCGCGCGCGGCGGUCCGCUGCUGCUGGCGACGUUCACGGGCGGACCGCUGUUCCUUAUGAAGAUAUCGCACCCACGACUUGUGACGGCGUGGCUACGUGCGGGGCGGAUGUCUAACGCCGUGUCUCUGGUCAACGCGCUGGACUGGGACGCCAACGCUACGGACUGUGUACGGAGCAUAGACGAGGUGCUGCGUGCGGCGGCGCGGUGCGGCGCUGUAGCGGGCGAGCGCGCGGCGCAGGCGGCGCUGGGGGCGUACCUCGCCCCGCCCGCGCCCCUCCCACGCCCCGCCCACCUCCACGCCCGCGCCAUACACGACAGAGCGAGGGUGUUCUACCACAACCUGCUCAGGCGCGGUCGCAUAGAGAAAGCCCUGAGUUUGGGCGUGGAGCUGUCGGCGUGGGAUCUAUUCGCGGACGCGCGGUGGGCUGCGGCGCGGCGCGGACUGACCGCGCUGGCGGACGAGGCCGCAGAACUCGCGAGGAACUGUGCGAGCGAUUCAGAAUGUUCAGACUCCUGUUCCCAGUGCAGUUCCCAUUCGUGUUCGGAGUCGGAGGACGAAUCUAGUACAUCUUCGAAGGCGACUAAGACCCACCCACCACCUUUGCCCCGAGUACCCGUACCCCCGCAACCCUCCAUCCUCACAGUACCCAUCACACCCCAAGAACCUCACUCCACCACCAGUAUUCGUCCCAACCUGCAUCAAUAUCUAGAGCGGGACAGCACGAUAUGGGUCACAAACGCGACAGAUCCCACUCGGCCCAAAGACUUGCAGGACUCCAUUUGGACGCACGAGGCAGCACACGAAACUAUUUGGGAAAACGGGGAACCGUCGUGGGAGCGGGAUGGAGAUAAGAUGGAGAAAGAGACGCGAGAUACCUGGAAAAUAGAUGCCCAAGAUAAGCGAGAAGACGCACAGAACGCGAUAUGGCUGAGAGAAGAAAAUGAAAGGCUAUGGAAAAAUAAGAGGGACGCUAUUGGAGCAAUGGAUGCUCGAUAUUUUUCGGGAAGAUCGACUGAUUUACUGUACACGUCCGGGAUAAAAGAACCACGACCAGCGGUUGUAAAAGACGCGCGGCAUAACUUGUAUGUGCCUAAAGUGCGGCAGAAUAUAUCCACGAAUAUUAGAGACGAUACUUUCAUUCAUCAAAUAUCGCAGAGCCAUUUCACACCACUCCAAAGUCAGAACUUAAGAUGGAAUAGCGUGGACAACGUCCUUAGCUCGAGGCAGAGGCCAAAACCAGCGACUCCGGGAAAUUUUGACACUUUGAGAGACAACAGAAUCUCAAAUUUUAGACACGUAUACCAAGCCGAAUUAAAAGAGGUGCCAAGUCGAGAACUGUCGAGUCCAAACGUGAAUUUCAACGGCAGAUAUCGACCAGAUAGUUGGACUGUCAGACCAGAAAGAGAGAAGAAUAAAGUGAAGUUUUCUGAGACUGUCACUGUUGCAGUGGUGCCGCAGGAGCCGUCGGCCAGUCCGGCGCCCGAUGUCGCGCGCGAACUAGCGGACAGUUUGCCGCUUUGCGCGCCACACAACUAUCUCGCUGCGUUCGCGCCCGCUACCAACGGCACCGCUCCACCAAGACCGCCUAAAAUUAAAGUAGUUCAUUUUGGAAUGGUUUAGAGAUAAAUUCCUUAUAAAAUAUACUCGGAAGCAUUAAAAAUUCAAUAAAGUAUUAUAGUGAGUGUCGCAAAGCGAUCCAUACUGCAUUCCAUACUGCUGAUUGCAAAUCUCCAAUCAGCAGUACUAGACAUGACCAGAAAAACUUACAUUGCUGUAGGUAUCUGUAUUAAAAAAGGG